UAACGGGCGCAAAAGGUGAGUAGAGGUUGGUGUUUUGUCCGAGGGAGAAGCUCUCCGCCCUGCGGAUCCUUCCCCCACGUUCUGGGAAGAUCUCUUUGCGUGACUUCCGACUCGGCAUUCUUGUCUUGCUCGAAUCUUCCUCCCACAGUCAGCCUCGAGGUCCCAGUGCCGCCCUCUUCCCAUGGCCCCUCUGGUCAGGCAGGCACUCCCCAAGCUUGCCUUACUCUGUAACACUCAGACCCUUCGCUUCCCCGAUUCUCCUCCUUCAGUCACCUCCUCCCGAGACCACCUCCCGCAGAGUCCCUGUGCAGCGAUGGGGAGGAGUGUCUUGGGUGGAGAGCAGGCCCUGGUACCCAACUGAGCACCCUCCCCCUCCUUCCCACGCCUCUCUUUGCAGACGGUCAGCAUGAAGUUCAACCCCUUGGUUACCUUGGACCGCAGCAAAAACCGCAAACGCCACUUCAAUGCGCCCUCGAACGUGCGCCGGAAGAUCAUGUCUUCCCCACUCUCCAAGGAGCUGCGGCAGAAGUACAACGUCCGCUCUAUGCCCAUCCGCAAGGACGACGACGUCCAGGCAUACUGGGUCCACCUUCAGCUGCUGGAGCUCGUCUUCCUCUCGACCAUGUACCCCGACAUCCGCCUGUGCCAGCACCUGUCUGCGCUCACCCUGCUCCCUGAGUCCAGGAUCCAGGUGUGGUUCCAGAACAGGCGUGCCAAGUCAGGGCAUCACAGCUGGAAAUACUUCAACCCUCAGCCAGCUCAGAGCUUUGACUCCACCACUCUGUUCGUGAAACUGAAGCAAAAUGAUUGAAGUCCCAGCUGCCUUUUGAGAUAAUGUGAACUGCCCGCCGCAUCUCAACAGGGUUGGAGAGGGCAUCUCUGUCCUAGCUCUCAAGGUGGUUCGAGGACACUACAAAGGUCAGCAAAUUGGCAAGGUGGUCCAGGUUUACAGAAAGAAGUAUGUCAUCUACAUCGAGUGGGUGUAGCGUGAGAAAGCUAAUGGUACAACUGUCCAUGUGGGCAUUCACCCGAGCAAGGUGGUUAUCACCAGGCUAAAGCUGGACAAAGAUGG